AUGGAACCAGAUCAGCCCCAGCCUCCUGCUGACAGCGAUCUCGCCGCUCCCAACACUCAUCCGCUUGAGGGACAAGAGCUUUAUAGGGCCAUUCUCAGGACCAUUUCCCUCGCAGAUCACUGCGCUUUGGCUCGGUCCAUGCUACAAUUUCCGCACGACCUUUCUGAUGAGGACCAGAUGCGGCACCUCCAGGCAUGUGCAGUCUUCACUGCUGAGAAUAUGGCCGCUCUGGAGUUGGAAGUCAACAAGCCGGUCAAAGUGACAAAGUAUCAGUCAGCUGUCGGGUUUCUGAGACACUUCGCGCUCGGUAGCAGACCGGAUAUUGCAUACGUCGUCUCCGUACUUGGUAGGGACGCGAGCAAUCCCACCAGAGAGACAUUUCUUCAUCAUCUUUCCGGUCUCAAAGCUACGUUUAACUACAUCAAGGGCCCCUCAGCCUAG